AAAUACAGAUUGGACAGGAUAUUUUAUUUAAUAUAUGUAAUUUUCUUGCAUAGCCUACAGCUAUCCAGAAAAUUGCAAGUAUUCAUAAUUGUCUAAAAAUAUAUCAAAUAAUCCCCCAUCUCGUGUAUGAACCUCAACAUUCAAUUUCAUGCGCAAUAUAAUUUUAAAUGGCUUAUGUCGAAUUAGGAUCAGAUUUUCAUGAUAGUUAUGUUCCAGGAGGCAAUUAUAAUUUUACACGUUGCAUUAGUGAAAUAGUUUGGUGGAUGACUGAAUUAACAUUUGACAUAUCAAUCAUGCCCCCGGUAUGUCCAUAAUAAAAAUUGUACUGACUUGUUACCUCAUGGACAUGACUUGAAAUUUCUGCAAAAUUUCAUGCCUCCGGCAAGACGAUUUUGUUUAGCUUUGCUUAUAUAGUUCUCAGUUCAUUGUCUUAUUUGUUUUAUCCUGGGGGAGGUAAGUUUUUAUGCUUGGAACUCUUGGGUUUUCCUUGUUUUGACUCUUUCAUUAUAGUAACUAUAGUUCUGCUGAUAAAAGAAGUAACAAGAGCUCUUCAUUUCAGGUCCAUUAUUACGUCCAAUCGCACAUUCAGAUUAAUGAAUAUCGAGAUCGCGUGGUUUUGCCUGCUGCAAGUAAGAAGUAUGGGAAACACAUAGGCAAAUGUCUGAAGGUUUUAGACAUGACUGGCUUGAAACUUUCAGCUCUAAACCAAAUAAAGCUGUUGACUAUAAUUUCUUCCAUUGAUGACCUAAAUUACCCGGAGAAGGUAGUUACAUACUACAUUGUGAAUGCUCCAUAUAUCUUUUCAGCUUGUUGGAAGGUCGUCAAGCCUCUGCUGCAGGAGAGGACAAGAAAAAAGGUUCAGGUUUUAUCAGGUUGUGGACAGGAUGAUUUAUUGAAGAUCAUGGACUAUUCCUCGCUCCCCCAUUUUUGCCGGAGAGAAGGUUCUGGAUCUUCCAAAUACUCAGGCAGCUCGAAUCAAAAUUGUUAUUCCUUGGAUCAUCCAUUUCACCAGCAACUUUACAAUUACAUAAAGCAGCAGGCGUUGCUUCGUAAACCUGUUAGGCCUAUUAAACAGGGCUCUGUCCAUGUGAAUUUUCCUGAUGAGGUCACCGAGGGGACUGAGUUUGUUCAGACUUUGGCAUCAGAAUUUCAAAAAUUUGAAAAUCAGAAUGGGCUCGUUCAGUCGUUAGAUGAACUUAAUAUUGAUGAUCAUCGAGUAUAGAAAGUUUUGGUCCAAUGACAUCCUAAAAUAAGAGUUUUGGCCAUUAUGCACUUUACCGGCUAACAAUUAUGGAUCCUCAUGUAAGUAUACUUAUUAAUAGCUCAUGCAGUCAACAGAGGGCUGUCUUCUAAUUAGUAGCCUCAAAUUUUUAUGUAUUCUAAUUGCACGAGGUACGUCUUCAACAUAAAACCACUAAGUAUAGGGGAUACGUGGUUGACAUUUAUAAUUGUUAUAGUAGAUGUACAUAGAGGUAUAUGUUGCUCGAGCUCUUGUUCGAGAUACUAUUCGUUCAGCGCAUGUAUUAAUAAAUGUUUAUCCGUCUCUGA